CAACCAAGGAGGACAUAUUCGUCAACAAACCCACUUUCCCUGCUCUGUUAUAAGACCUUCAUUUCCUUGAAUAACGCAGGUGGCGUACGAAGAAGGAGAAGCCAUUAACGUUUCCAUUCCCCGCCACAGAGCAACAUGGAAGAACAAGUGGAAACGCUGGGGAAGGCGUUCGUGGAUCACUACUACCACCUCUUCGACGCGGAUCGAUCCUCCCUGUCGUCUCUUUACCAGCCUUCCUCCAUGCUUACUUUCGAAGGCCAGAAGUUCGUCGGCGCCAACGACAUCUCCGCCAAGCUCAGAGCCCUGCCGUUCGACCACUGCAAGCACGCCAUCAGCACCAUCGAUUCGCAGGCUGCUGCGGCAACAGGUGGCAUCGUGGUGUUCGUCAGUGGCAGCCUGCAACUGCUCGGCGAGGAACAUCCUCUCCGAUUCAGCCAGAUGUUUCACUUGCUUCCGACGAUCCAUGGGACAUUCUUCGUGCAGAACGACAUUUUCCGUCUUAAUUAUGGUUGAUUUUUAGUGUGUACUUAUUCAGGCGAUGAUCAUUAUUCUUCUAUUGUUGUAAUGUGUAAAACUGGACCUUGAUUCUCUAGCAAUUGGAUAUAUUAUGUGUCUCCGGCUUUUUCGUGAAAGGAUGAAAGCGAAUAAAACGUCUCCAUGAUCUUAACUUGAGAGUUGAGACUCAUUUCCGUUUCCUUUUCCACUUAGGAUUGCAAUUUGCAAACCAUUCUAUCAUCACUUGAUCAGCAUCUGCCUUUAUGGGCGAGCACAGAGCAUGUCGUUUUGUUAUGGGCCAUAUUCAGGCUUGACCUUGUGGGUAGUUGGGCUUUCCGAAGGAUGGGCCUAAGGCAACAAUUUGGAUCAACAAGAUGAUCCCGGCCCAAACGAGCAUUAGACGAUAGCAUAGAAGGAAAAUGUGGAAAUUUGAAUCUAAUGGCAAAAAAAAAAAAGGUGGAAAUUUGACCUGGUUUUAACUUCAUUAAUUAUGUAUUUCUUUAUCUUAUAUAACAAUAUUUAUCAUGACCUGGCCUCGUUGUCAUUUCUGUCUUCUCGAUGUCCACUUUAUCCGUUAUCUUCGAUAAGAAAAUGACCGAUUUUUUAAAUCAGAUUCAAUUGUUAACCGAAACAAUGUACUUCAUUGAUUCAAUUUUUGCGACAAAUGAAAGUAAAGCUCCCAAAAUCGAUCGAUUUGCUCUUCCCUGCUAAUUCAAGAAACGUAAGUGCAAACAUCAAUUUGGAUAGGCUAGGAGUGUGUCUCGUUAUAAAAGAGGAAAUCCCAACAGAGAAUGUUUCUUUCUUAUAUAACAAUUAACAGACAGUACAGUGGCUUUUAUGAGGUCAAAUUUCUGUACAUACAUUCCUUCCUAGUGUGUGAGCUCAGCAGCUUACCUGGCCUGGAAUGUCAAUUUUGAUAAUUGGAUUAAAAUUUAAUUAUCACAAUGAUAAGCUGAUAAUUGAUGAAUGAAUCACCAACAAAAAAAGAAGACGUCACCACGAAUGGCAGAGAAACAAUGAUCACAGAAAUUAUCGUUUGCAAAAAUGGAAUGUCAAGAUAUGCAGUUUGCUUAUAAUAGUAAUAAUUAAAAAUAAAUAAUAUAAACCAACUCGGGCAAAUUUCCAGUUAAUUAAUUAAUUAAAGGGGGGGAAUGGCUGAGCUUGCCCAUUAAAAAACCAAACGUGGGUACGAGUAAGUGAGUAAACCUCUGUUGCAUUACAUGUCAUGCUUAAUCCCUAAUUACAUUACAUCACCCCAUAACACAUAAAUUAAACAUAUAAAAAAAAAGAGAUUUGGCAGAGAGGGGAAAAAAAAUUGGGGGGAAAUUGUGAGUAAAUAGUAUCUUUAAGCUCUUAAGAUUUUGAGGAUAAAAUGAGAAGCACACUGCCAUCUAAUCCAAGCAAUUUAUUAUAAUUAAUUAUUCUUUCUUGAUUAAGCAUAGUGAUUAUGAUAGGGAGAGGUCAUGUGGGUUGCACGAAAACCAUUACACACCAUAAUAAAGGAACCCCCAGCCUGCCUCUGUCUGACAUCUCUCUCUCUCUCUCUCGUUUCCUUUAACUCUCACCCACCAUGUGAUUUGGACCCAUUAAAUGUAUAUUAGGUUAUUACCAUAUUCUCAACUCGAAUUCGACUCAGAUGUUUAUAAAAGUGGGAACAUGCC